GGGCCGCGCGGCGCAUCUGGUGCACUGGUGCAGCUGGCGCGUUGCAGCGGCUGCAGGAAGUGGGGAGCUGCAACAGAUGUUGACGCGUGCCCGUCAGCUGGGUCGGCGUCCAGAAUCCCCAGCUGCAACGGCCCCCGCUCGCCAAGGCGGCCAAAGCCCCCCCGGACUUGGCCGACUUCACGGACGUGCCCCCAGGCCGCGGCUCGGGGCAUGACCUGGGUCGACACGGCGCUGCGCUGCAUGGCGCUUCCUGGAGGAGAAGAAACAGCACGCGAAGCAGGACCCGCGCUCGCCUAGACGGGAGCCUUCCCCGUCCCGAGAGGGUAGCGGCCGAGGUCGGAGUCAUAUGACUUUCUCCUCACAAACAACAAUUUAAUUAAACUGACACAAUAAUGGACUGUGGUGAUAGUGCAGCAAAGCACCGUUGGGUAUGCCCCAGUGAUCGUCAUUUGGCGUUGAGGGCCAAAUUGCGGACUGGGUGGUCUGUGAAGACGCAGCCAUUGGAAAGUUUACCAAAAGCACAAGAGCCGACUGUUCUUGAUGAUACUGAGCAAGCGAUGAUACUUGAAGUCAUUCGUAGGGCAGAACACAUAGACCUCACCGAGCAGGAACGAGUUGGGAGGCUUGUUGAUCGUGUGGAUAAUAUGAAGCGCAAUGCUAUGGGAAAUGGAUCAAACCAGUGUGUACUAUGCGGAACAAAAUUUGGAUUUUUAGGAUCAACAAGUUACCUGUGCCAUGACUGUCAAAAGUUUGUGUGCUCAAAGUGCAGUAUUGAGACUUCUUCCUCUUCCAAAGAUCAAAUUUGGCUCUGUAAGAUAUGUUCUGAGACUCGAGAAAUGUGGAAAAAGUCUGGAGCAUGGUUUUUCAAGGGGUUGCCCAAGUAUGUACUCCCUGAAAAGCCUGCAAGCAGACAAAGACCUAACAUGCAUUUGAACUCCACGAGUCAACAUCCAGCAACAACCUUCAACAGCACUUGGGCUAAACAUGGAAUGAGCGGUGAGACUGAAAAUGAUAGCAGCUCUGAAGACGAACUGAUGAGAAGAUCCAGACUGAACACUGGUGCCAGUGUAGCUAGUGCAGCAAGUGCAUUGAGUGCUACAAGUGUUGGAAGUGCUCUAAGUGCAGCCAGUAUUGCAAGUGCAGUCAGCGCAGGAAGUUCUCACAGUGGUCUAAGCAAUGUGGGGAAAUUAGGUGCUGGCAAUAGCGGUACGUCCUUUGCCAGAGAUAAUUUCAGCAGGAAGUCAAGUCACAUCAAAGUUCUCCGCAGCCCCUCAGGGCUUGCAGAAAGUGGAACCACUGCCACUGCCACAAAAACCUUAUCAUUUCCUGUACCAGAUAAGGUGGAUUCUCCGAUACAAAACAAUUCCCAAAACAGUCACCGUAGCAAUUUCGGCUUAAAUAUUGUGGACCCUGUCGCAGAUGAAAAUUCAUUCCUGACUCAAAGCCAAACCGCAAUCCUGCACGGUACCCCGCAAGUGUCUCCUCAAGAGUCACUGCAUCACCGCAGUUCACCUACACCAAUUACUUGGCACAACAAUUCGCAGCGCACUUACUCCUUUCGUCGCCUUCCUGGUUUAUCUCGCAGCUGGCGUGAUUGGCAAGCUCCUCUCCUCUCUUCUGACGAAAUUAGUGCCAGUUCUGAUUGCUUGCGGCUGCCCAGAAGUGUGAGUGGGCACACCAUUGCAGCUGCAAAACCAGAUGACAUUCCCACCCUUCUUGGUGCUCAUGGGAGUGCCCAACUUGGCAGUGUGGAGCUAUCACUCUUAUACGAUCGUCAUUCUGGUUGCUUACAUUGCAGACUACUUAGAGCUAAGGGUUUAAAAUCAACUGAUAUAAAUGGAUUAGCAGACCCAUUCUGCAAACUAAACCUAUUACCCAUUGGUAACAAGAAUAAUAGACUGAGAACACAAACCAUCCAUAAAACUUGUAAUCCUGAGUUCAAUGAAUCGUUGACAUUUUACAAUGUAACUGACAGUGACAUGGCAACAAAAGCUCUUCAUAUCCUUGUUCUUGACGAUGAUAAGUAUGGCCAUGACUUCCUGGGUGAGGCACGAAUUCAGCUAUCUGGGGUUCCACCACAACAUGCUCGCCAUUUCAAAGUAUUUUUAGACAAGCAUUAUCCUGUUGAAGACGAGGAGGCAGCCUGGGGAGAAGAUCUAUGGACAAGAGGUCAAAUUCUUGUCACAUUAUGCUACUCCACAAAACGCCGAGCUUUGAUAGUAGGAAUAGUGAGGUGUUUGAAUUUAACACCAAUGGACAGCAAUGGAUCUUCAGAUCCUUUUGUCAAACUCCAAUUAAAACCAGACACCCAUCAUCGGAAAUAUAAAACUGGUAUUAAAUGGCAAAGUUUAAAUCCGCUUUUCAAUGAGGAAUUUGUCUUUGACACAAAGAUGACAGAACUGCAGCAGAAAACAUUGGUCAUCACAGUAUGGGAUAAAGACCAUGGUAAAAGUAAUGAUUACCUAGGCGGCCUUGAGCUAAGCUGUCUUUCAAAGGGUGAACGUUUACGACAUUGGGUGGAUGCCAUAAAAUUUCCGGACCACAAGCAUGAAGGCUGGCACCAGCUUGUUGACACACCUCUGCCCAUGUAAUAGCAUACAAAAGAUUGCCUCUUCCUGUGUUUUCACACAUCUUGCAAACCACUAUGUAAAUUAAAUUAAAUUUUAAAUAAAUCAGGCCUCUGAAUCAGUCAUAUGGGAAUUAUAAAAGUUGCACAGAAUUAUUAGAAUACCAUGAUAGCUAACAUUAAAUAAGGCUGCUUUAUUACAAACAAAAUAAAUUUGUAUUUGAUAGACAACAUGAAACUUACACGUUCACAUAAGAAAGUCCCAGUAAGUGGCAGUUGGGACUUUUCUUUUUACACAUGUACAAGAGUAUAUACAGGACAUUAAAAAAACAAAAACAAAAAAAGGCUGAUAAUAACAUACAGCCAACAUAACACAUCUUCCAAGAUUAUCUCUGAUUGGUGAAAGUUUAAUCAGUAAUAAAUGUUUGACAGGCAACAAAUAUAGGACACAUUAGGCAGAAAUUAAGUUCACUAACCACUUCAAGUUGUUGGUGAAUGUCUUUCAAUACAGUGGCUUGACAUAUGACAAUUGUGUUUGGGACUGUAUUUAGUUGAUUGACAGCAAGAAAAGAAAUUAGAAUAAAAGAUUAAAAUGAUUUGAGAAGUUCUCAUUGUAAAGCAAUAAAAGAAAACAAUCAUAAGAAUGUUUAAAAUAAAGGAGAGGAGACCAUUCCUACAUUUUGUCAAGUGUUGGACAUACAACAGUGACUAAUAGAACAAGCUAUUUGUUCUUUGAGAUACCAUUCUUAGCACAGUCCUGCAGAUUUACUAUUAGGAGUCAUAGUUUGACCUUUUGGAGAUGGGUUACAAUUUUCCCAACACCAGAAGAGCCUGCUUACCUUACUUAAAUCAAAUUUAAAUGAGCCAUAGAAGUCUCAGAUGUGAACAAACCAGUUGAAAUAUUACUUUAUUCAUUGAUUUCACUUCUUGGGCACAAUGUUAGCUUCACAUGUAAGUACUACAUAGAAUGAAAAAUAAGUAGAAAGUCCAUGUGCAUGCUUUUGCUAAUGAUCAUAAAGGUUGACUAGGUAUGACACAAAAAGUGGCUUUUAAGAAGUGAAACAAUUCGUACCAGGUAAAAAAUAGAAGAGAAUGUUUCAGAUUCCAAUCCUAUGCGAUAUUUACACAAUGCUUACAUUCUGUAGGAUAUCACUAACCAGUAAUCUUAAACAAUAUUAUGAUUCAGACCAAAUACCAAGUAGUCUGUGUUUGCUAGUAUUUAUAGGAGCCAUUGGUAGCUGUGAGUGUUCCCAUGCAAAGUCCCAAGAAUCACUCACUGAUAUCAAUGUACUAACAUGUAUUCAGUAAGAGGAAGAGUAUAAAAAAACUGUAUGCAAAACAAAAA